AUUUAUUCUGUAUUCAUUUGAAUAUACUAUACUUCAUAGCUAGGAGUAUCAUAUGUUUAUUGAUUUUAUUUUGGCACUUUCAUUAGGUGUCAGUGUUUCAUUGUUCCAUGGUGUUGAAAUAUAAGAAGCAGCCAUCCAAAGACAAUACAUAAUAGUGACACAGUAAAGAGUUGAUGACUCCAAAAUCAAGUGUUGAAGUGACUAUGAUUUGUUGAAGAGUAAACUUUGGGUCAGUUUGAGUAUUUAUAUUUUCAUCUGAUAAAAUGCAAGGUGUGUAUGAAAGAGGAACUCAAUGGACUCUGCCAAAAUUCUUCUCUAUCUUGUUACAGCCCAAAAUCAUAAACACAAGUUUUGGUUGCUUAUAAACUCUUUGAUUCUUCUCCUUCUUAACUUCUCUUUUUCCUCUUGUUCUUCUGAUACCAUAUCUACUGACAAACCUAUAAGAGAUGGUGAGCUUCUUGUUUCUGAAUCUAAAACCUUUGCUCUUGGAUUCUUCACUCCCGGAAAGUCCACCUCUCGCUAUGUUGGAAUUUGGUACUACAAUUUGCCAAUCCAAACUGUUGUUUGGGUUGCAAAUAGAGAUACUCCAAUCAAUGACACUUCUGGAAUUCUAUCAAUCGACCCGACUGGAAAUCUAGUACUCCACCACAACCUCAGCACCAUUCCCAUUUGGGCUACCGAUGUUUCAUUACCACAUUCACAGAGAAAUAGCACCAACGUUGUAGCUCAACUAUCGGAUAUAGCAAACUUUGUUCUGAUGUUAAACAACACCAAAACUGUCAUCUGGGAAAGCUUUGAUCAUCCAACAGACACCAUGCUUCCAUAUCUAAAGGUUGGUUUUGAUAGAAAAACUAAUCAAAGCUGGUUCCUUCAAUCAUGGAAGACAGAUGAGGACCCUGGAAAAGGUGCGUUUACUUUUCAAUUCAGCACCAUUGGCAAACCUCAGGUGUUUAUGUACAACCGGAACCUUCCUUGGUGGCGUGGUGGACCAUGGAAUGGAGAACUAUUUGCAGGUGUACCUAAUAUGAAACGAGAUAUGGUGACUUUUAACGUUUCUUAUGUUGAAGAUGACAACUAUUCAGCACUCUCAUUUAACAUGUUUGAUAAGUCUGUCAUUACUAGGAUAGUGAUUCAGCAAUCUGGUUUCUUUCAAGCAUUCACGUGGGACAGUCAAAAGAGUCAAUGGAGCCGGUACUGGUCUGUACCAACAGACCAAUGUGAUAACUAUGGAACAUGUGGAUCAAACAGUAAUUGUGACCCUUUGAACUUUGACGACUUUAAGUGUACUUGUUUACUUGGUUUUGAACCAAAAUUUCCACGUGAUUGGUAUGAGAGUAGAGAUGGGUCAGGAGGGUGUGUUAGGAAUAAAAAUGCAUCUGUUUGUAGGAAUGGAGAAGGGUUUGUGAAAGUUGUAAGCUUAAAAGUUCCCGAUACAUCUGUGGCAGUUGUUAAAGGUGGUUUAAGUUUGGAAGAAUGUGAGAAAGAAUGCUUGAGAAACUGCUCUUGUGCUGCCUAUGCACCUGCUGAUGUGAGGAAUGGUGGAAGUGGUUGUUUGGCAUGGUAUGGGGAUUUAAUGGACAUUCAAAAACUUAGUGAUCAAGGCCAAGAUUUGUUUUUACGCGUCGAUAAAGUUGAACUAGCUAAUUACUACAAAAAAAGCAAAGGAGUCUUUGAUAAAAAGAGGAUGGCUGCAAUUCUGGUAGCUUCUACAGUUGCCAUUGUCCUCCUCUUUUCCUAUAUGUAUUGCAUGUGGAAUAAAAGAAGAAAAGAUAAAAUGAUGCAACAAUUAAACCAAGAUUCCUCCGGAGAAGAGAACGGUGCUCAAAGCAACACACAUCCAAAUCUACCCUUUUUCAGCUUUAGAACGAUAACAGCGGCUACAAGAAAUUUUAGUAAUGAGAAUAAGCUAGGGCAAGGUGGAUUUGGUUCUGUCUACAAGGGUUGCUUAGUCAAUGGACAAGAGAUAGCAGUAAAAAGAUUGUCAAAAGAUUCAGGUCAAGGCAAAAGAGAGUUUAAAAAUGAAGUGACACUUCUAGUAAAACUUCAACACAGGAAUUUAGUGAAGUUGCUUGGUUGUUGCUUUGAGAAAAAAGAAAGAAUGCUAGUUUACGAAUACCUACCGAACAAAAGUCUAGAUUUCUUUAUAUUUGAUCAAAACCAAAGGUCAUCAUUGGGUUGGGGUAAGCGUUUUGAACUUAUUUGUGGGAUUGCUCGAGGUGUUUUAUAUCUUCAUCAAGAUUCAAGGCUGAAAAUAAUUCAUAGAGAUCUAAAAGCCGGCAAUGUUCUCCUUGAUGCUGCAAUGAAUCCCAAAAUCUCAGAUUUUGGUAUGGCUAGAAUAUUUGGAGAAGAUGAAAUCCAAGCAAGAACAAAAAGAGUGGUCGGAACAUAUGGAUAUAUGGCACCAGAAUAUGCAAUGGAAGGACGAUAUUCAACAAAAUCUGAUGUCUUCAGUUACGGGGUCUUGCUACUAGAAAUCAUUGCUGGCCAAAGAAACACUCAUUGUGAAAUAGGAAGAACCUCCCCAAAUUUAAUUGGACAUGUGUGGACACUAUGGACGGAAGGAAAAGCCUUGGAUAUAGUUGAUCCAACACUAAACCAGUCUUAUCCUCCUGAUAUAGUUCUGAAAUGCAUUCAAAUUGGACUCUUGUGUGUGCAAGAAAAUGCCAUGAAUAGACCACCAAUGCUAGAAGUUGUUUUGAUGCUAGCCAAUGAAACACCUCUCUCCCCACCUCAAAAACCUGCAUUUUUAUUAAUUGGAAACCAAGUCUUGCAAGAGUCUUCAACAUCAGGAGGAGGUUCUUCAAUAAAUGAAUUAACAGAAACUACCAUCAGUGCUCGUUAAAAGCUACGUUAAUGAAAUGUGUAAUUUUUGUUCAUACUUUUCCAUCAGAAUUGAGUUUGCCGACAUUUCUAGAGGUUCUUUAGUAAUAGGUAUGUUUAGUGCCUUUGUGGUAUUGUAAAAUGAAUAUCUGAGUAAGACUAGUUCCACUUAUAAACACGUUUCGAGAUCA